AACUGUCAAGCAACUUCUUAUCUUCUCUCCGGCCGCCGGCACCGGGAGCUCUUCGAUGUCUUCUUUCACGGCGGCGACCGGAAAUCAGUAGGGAGAAUCCCCUUUCUUCAUUGACCAUCAGCACCGAAUCUUCUCAGGAUGAGAAAGAUCAAUACAUAGGAGAGACGUAUCUCGGAGUAUGGAAGACGGCUUGUUUAGGUCGUCUUCUCUUUCAGAAUUCGACCAGCGGUACCCCCCAAGGAAAAUCGCAAAUUAUUCGUAUCCCGUCACUGUAGGGAACUACUUACGUGGAGAUACCGAAGGAGACCGUAACUCUGAUGAUAAAAACGUAAGAGCGUCAAAGCAAAAUAUGUGAUCCAAAUCAGUCCAGCAAACUACAUCUAGUAGCAGCACAGAACAUGUUAUCGGAAGAGUUGGUGCCAUUCUCGAUACCACUUCUCGCAUUGGCAAAGAACAACAAGUGGCAAUUGAGAUGGCAAUUGAUGACUUUUUCACCCAAACCAAUAAAAGUUUGGUUCUUAGAGUUGAAAGUUCUCCUAAUGAUCCCUUGCAAGCAACUCUUGCUGCUAGGAACCUUAUGGAUGUACAACACGUAGAAGUCAUUUUGGGACCGCAGACAUGGGAGGAGGUUUCUUUAGUUGCAGAGCUUGGUGAAAGAUCUCAUAUACCUAUUCUUUCAUUUUCCGAUUUUACACCUACUUGGGCAACGGAAAGAUGGUCUUUCCUCCUUCAAUUCUCACCAAGUCAGUCCAUACAAAUAAAAGCUUUGGCUGCCAUAGUCAGCUCAUGGGGAUGGCGACGUGUAAACGUGAUUUACGAGGACAUGGAUUCUUCUGUCUAUGGAAUCACUCCUCAUCUAUUGGAUGCCUUCCAAAAAUCUGGCGUAGAAAUCGGCCACCUCGUUCCUCUUCCAAGAUUUGUAUCGGGUAUUUCUUUGAUGGAAAUCUUGGGCAAUCUUAAAACAGAUCAAUGCCGAGUCUUUGUGAUCCAUACAUCCUUACCAUUAUCAAUUCGUCUAUUUGAAGUGGCAAAGAAGAUGGACAUGAUGACAACUGACUACGUCUGGAUCACCACAACUUCCACUACUAGCCUUGUUCAUUCCCUUAAUUCAUCAGUCAUGUCUUCAAUGCAAGGCGUUAUAGGCGUCAACAGUUAUUUUCCUGAAAUGGGGCCAAGUUACCAUGAUUUCUAUGACAGAUUUUAUAACAAGUUUGGUUUAGAGCACGUUGAAGAGAAAAACCACGAGCCAGGGAUUUACGCUUUGCGGGCAUAUGAUGCCACUUGGAUAUUAGCUCAAGCAAUGAAUAUGGACAGAAACAAAGACAGAGACAAUCAAGGUUUCAUAGAUAGAAUCUUUUCAACUAAUUCUGACGGGCUAAGCGGUAAAAUCCAUUUUGUAGAGAAGAAACCGCCUCCUUCACAUUUGUUUCAGAUUAUCAACAUUCACGGGAGGAGCUAUAAAGAACUUGGUUACUGGUCAGAAUCAUUUGGAUUCUCAAGGUCUGUUGAUGGAAGAGUAAAUAGUUCUUCAAUGAACAUCCUGGGUACUGUGAUUUGGCCUGGAGGAUCACAUUCCAUUCCGAAAGGCUGGAGUCUGCCAACUAGCUUCAAACCGUGGAGAAUUGCUGUACCUAAUACCACCUUGUUCAAACUCUUUGAAACAAUUUCUUAUGAUCCAUUUCAAAACAAGUACAGGGUCAGCGGACUUUCAGUUGAUCUCUUUAAAGCCGCAGUUGACCGUUUACCAUAUUACUUCCCAUGCGAUUAUGUUCCCUUUACCGGCACAUUUGACGCUUUACUUGAGCAAGUACAUCUAAAGAACUUUGAUGCUGCGAUUGGCCUUAUAGCAAUAACUUCGAAAAGAUACGAAAAGGUUGACUUCACACAGACAGGUCUUACUGAGGCAGGAUUGCUAGUCAUGGUUGUUCCUGUCCAGAUUCAAUCAAGUAAUCAAGCUUGGCUGUUUGUCAAACCCUUCACAAAAGCAAUGUGGCUUCUCACAGCAGGCAUUAACCUUUACAAUGGUUUUGUUGUGUGGGUGAUUGAACGUGAUCACAUCCCAGAGUUCAAAGGCUCGGGAUUGAGCCAAGUUGGAUCCCUAAUUUGGCUAUCUUUCUCCACAUUGUUUUCAUUGCGAGGGGCACAACUGCAUAAUGACUUAUCAAGGAUGGCAGUAGUGGUCUGGCUAUUUAUGGCCCUCGUUGUAAUGCAGACUUAUACUGCAAAUCUCACUAGUAUGCUAACUGUCCCUCGUCUUAAACCAACAAUAACUGAUAUCGAGACAUUGAAGUACUCCCGUGCAAUGAUUGGCUGCACUGGACAGACAUUUGUUCCUCUUUAUUUGAGUGAUGUAUUACAGUUCAACCCAUCGAAUAUAAAGGCCAACUACACUUCUCUAGAUGAAAUUGCUCGAGCGCUUAACACUAAAGAAAUAGAAGCCGCGUUUCUUCAGUCUCCACUGGCUAAACAGUUCCUUGCUAGAUAUUGUAAAAGCUUUACCUUGGCUGGACCAACAUUUGCUGGAGGAUAUGGCUUUGCGUUUCAGAAGGGAUCCCCAGUGCUGCCCGACAUAAACACAGCACUAAUACAAGUGAUUGAAACGGGGAAGUUUCAAGAGCUGGAAAACAGCUUGAUAUCGGCUGAGAUGUGCGUGGAAGGUAACACGGGUAGUAAGGAUGAUGACAUUAGCAUUAGUGCAAAUAGUUUUCAGGGUCUUUUCAUGAUAACAGUGGGAGCAUCCACAAUUUCCUUGUUAAUCCAUCUGAUUACUAGUUGUAAGUUAAGUGGUUGGAUGGUAAAGUUUUCGAAAAGUGAAUGGUUGGCUUGUAUUAGGAGGAGAAGCCAAUUCUGGUCGAGGGAGGAUAAAGCUAGUCGUGUAUCUGAUUCUGUUGAGGAGAAUUCGAAGGAUUUGGCGAUCCAGGUUGGGGUUUUGUUAUCUGGAUCAAAAGAUGUAAAUGUUAGUAUUAAGUGUGUAAACAACUAGGAGGAAGAGUUUAUGAUAUUUUUUUUAUGUUCAAGUAUAGUGUCAAUUUGUUUGUUGAAACUAGACAUAGCUUUGAAAUUUUAAAUAUAAAGCUAGGCUGGUUGCAAUUGUUGUAUGUGUAUAAAACUAAAGAUAAGGUUUUUUUUUUAUUAUAUAACUGUUUAUUUAUAGGA